AUGAAGAAGAUCUUUUCAUCGGAGACCAUGGACAUCCCCGAUGGCGUGAGCAUCAAGGUUGAAGGCCCUCGUGGGGAUUUCCAGCUCAUCACCGAUGAGAACGGCAAGAAGAAGCUCAAGAUCGAGGCCUGGUUCGGUACCCACAAGAUGAGGCUCAUCUAUGCCCAUUUUCCCAUCAAUGCUAGCAUCACUAAUCACAACAAGGGCAUCAAGAUCCAUAGCUUUCUACUUUUCGUGAGGAAAGUGGAUAUGCUUGAUGGAGUUUCCAUUGUGCAAUCUGAGAAGGUGAAGGAUGAGUUGGUUUUCGAUGGAAAUGACAUUGAGCUUGUUUCUAGGUCAUGUGCCCUUAUCAAUCAGAACAAGGAUAUCAGGAAGUUUCUUGAUGGUAUUUAUGUUAGUGAGAAGGGGACCGCAUUAAUAAAGAAGCUAGAGAAUGAUUUUUUGAAGAGAGAUAAAAGUGGUGGUUAUUUGAAAAGAGUUGUGUGUGAGAGUUAUUUCUAGAACUGUUAAGAAUCAUGGCUAGUUUCAUUUAGCUGGAAAACAUGUGUAUGAUCUGAACAAAUUCUGGAUUUGUUGCUGGAAGGGUAGGCUGGUGUAAAGGCAUCCCUAUGCUUUUCUGAGACAUGUAUCUGUAUAUUUGAUUCUAUAUAGUACUUGAUACUUGUUGAUAAAGUUAAGAAGAGUAAUGUGUAUGUUGUGCUUGCCUGUUAGGAAGCCUGAAAGAUACUCAAGCGUUUAUGUGAUAUACU